CACUGCUGCACCCACUUUCAUGCUCACCCAGGACUGGCCACGAGUUCCAUCGGUGUCCCAUUCUUCACUGCCCACUCAGGAGUGACUCUGUCAUCUAGCCCACUUCGGGGCUCCCAGAGAACACAGAGCUAUACAAUCAUCGUUUGAGGAGCAACACUGAUCCUAACCAAGAUGUCUGUGAAAAUGACAGCAGCCCUGCUCCUGCUACAGCUGAGUGUCUUCUUUGAAUCUGGGAGUGCUGGGAAGGUGCUGGUGUGGCCAGUGGAAUUCAGCCAUUGGCUCAACUUAAGGACAAUCCUGGAUGAACUUGUGAAGAAGGGCCAUGAAGUGACGGUUCUGAUAUCUUCAGCCUCCCUUUCUUAUGAGGUUGGAGACACAUCUGCUAUUGAAUUUGAGACAUACCCUUCAUCCACUUCCCUGGCUGAUGUGGCAGCAAUUUUCAUGGAAUCAAUCAGGAAAAGUGUUUAUGAGCUGCCAAAGCAAUCAUUUUGGGGAUACUUUGUAAUGUUGCAAGAAGUGGUUUGGAAAGAUUCAAAUUAUUUUGAAAGUCUCUGCAAAGAUGCAGUUUUUAACAAGGAACUCAUGACAAAACUACAAAAUUCAAGCUUUGAUGUCAUAGUAGCAGAUCCCUUCAUACCCUGUGGUGAACUGCUGGCUGAGAUUCUCAAGAUACCACUUGUGUACAGUCUCCGAUUCUUCCCUGGCUCCACACAGGAGAAGUACAGUGGAGGACUGCCACUGCCUCCUUCCUAUGUGCCCGUUGCUAUGUCAGAAUUGAGUGAUCGAAUGACAUUCAUGGAGAGGGUACAAAAUCUGAUCUAUACGCUUUCUUUUGACUUUUGGUUCCAAAAUUUUAACGAGAAGAGGUGGAACCAGUUUUACAGUGAAGUCUUGGGAAAACCCACAACACUCGCUGAGAUGAUGGGGAAGGCAGACAUAUGGCUCAUUCGAACUUACUGGGAUCUAGAAUUUCCUCACCCUGUCUUACCAAACUUUGAAUUUGUUGGAGGACUCCACUGCAGACCUGCCAAGCCUCUACCAAAGGUAAUAGAAGACUUCGUCCAGUCUUCCGGAGAACAUGGUGUGGUAGUGUUUUCUCUGGGGUCCAUGGUGGGUACCCUAACAGACGAAAGAGCCAAUGUGAUUGCAGCAGGCCUUGCCCAGAUUCCACAAAAGGUCCUUUGGCGAUAUGAAGGCAAGAAGCCAGACACCUUGGGCUCCAACACUCGGCUGUACAAAUGGAUUCCCCAGAAUGACCUUCUCGGUCACCCUAAAACCAGAGCCUUUAUUACUCAUGGUGGCACAAAUGGCAUCUAUGAGGCGAUCUACCAUGGGAUCCCUGUGGUGGGCAUUCCUUUGUUUGGAGACCAGUUUGAUAAUGUUGUUCACAUGAAGACCAAAGGAGCAGGGGUUCGAGUGGACUUUCUCUCAAUGUCCAGCACAGAUUUGCUCCAUGCAGUGAAGACAGUCACUAAUGACCCUUCAUAUAAGGAGAACGCCAUGCGGCUAUCAAGAAUCCACCACGACCAGCCAUUGAAGCCCCUGGACAGAGCUGUCUUCUGGAUUGAGUACGUCAUGCGCCACAAGGGAGCCAAGCACCUUCGUGUGGCAGCGCAUGACCUCACCUGGUACCAGAACCACUCUCUGGACGUGCUUGGAUUCCUGCUUGCCUAUGUGGUGACUGUGAUGUUCGUCAUCACAAAGUGUUGCCUCUUUUGCUGCCAGAGAUUUACUAAAUCUGGAAAGAAGAAGAAAAGGGAGUAGCUGAAGUGGGGAGGACUGACACAUGGACCUCCUCCAGUGCAUCACAGCAAGGGAGGAUGUGAGGGCAGGGUCCUUCAUCCUGUGACGAGACAGCUUUUCAGUCUUAUUCGUCAAAUCUAGGGAUUUUAUAUCUCCCAGAGAAUUAAUAAAUUUUGCACUAUAUGUACAACAGGCCUGAAAUUAAACUGAAAAAUAAACCCAGUAAAAUUAAAAUAUUCAACAUGAGAACACAUAGGAAUUUUAGAAAUUCAUUUUUACAGUUUAAAAGUUAUACCAAAAAAAUACAAUGGCUGAGGUGACAACUCCGAAAGUAAAUCACUGGUCUGUCAAGACUUUCUCCUUUAGCUUGGAUCCCGAGAACUCAUAUCAAAGCUAUAACCAGUAGCACCUGUAGGCCCAGUGUAAGCAAGCCAGAUGUGUGUCUGAGACAGAGUCGCAAACUUGCAUGCCAACUAGCCUUUUGCUCAGCAAAAGAUACCCUGCCUCAUGAAGUGUGGAAGGUGAAAAAUAGCACUGGUGGUUGUGCUCUGACAUCCCAUAUGCCUGCCGUGAUAGGUGUGCCCCCAUCACAAAUGAGCACACACAUAUAAAAAUAUACAAUUACACACUUCAAACUCACUAACUCCCCCAGAGAAUGAAGGUGUCUCAGAGGGUGUUUGUGGAUGCAAGAUCACCUAGAAGCCCACUAUUGAUAUCAACAUGGUUUUGCAAGUAUUGAAGAAGUUUUCAAUUUGCUUAUUGCAGACUUUGUAGUAAAA